AUGCGGGUGUCUGAGCGUGAGACGCCCCGGCCAGGACCACGCGGGACCAAGACCACUGGAGGGGGAGACCCUUCCUUGUGGGUUGAACUUGCAGAGUGGUGCCGGGGCCUGGGAGUGCCGCCGCCCGGUCCCCGAUCGGCACCUCUGCUCUUGGAUGACUUUAAACCAAGUUCCGCCUGGGCCUCCGCCCUCCUCUUGCUCUCUGCCAACCGUCCAGCUCCCCCCGUGACGGUUCAGCCAGCGCCUCAGCCCCUGCGGGUCUGUCAGCCCCUGCGGGUCUGUCAGCCCCUGAGGACAGCAGUCAGCCUCUGUCGGCGGGAGGAGGCCCAGGCCCUGGCGGUCUUCCUGCCCACUGAGUCUGCGCCUCCAGAGUCAGACUGGCCCCUUCGUGGUGUACAUUCUGGCUCCUGCCAGCAGGAUAACGAAGGCACCGCCAGCACCCUCACCAGCAGCACGGAGUUGGGGCGGAACCUCCCCACGUGGCAGGAGGAGGGGACGGGAGAAUCAACCCUGGUGGAGGACCGGGCAGCAGCGCAAAGCCUGCCGCCGACACCCAGGCUGAGGACGGUGCGGGAGGGUCCAGGAAGCCGCCCAGAUCUGGGGGCAGAAGGGAGCCAGGACCCAGGAGCCCAGACCCCUCCGGGCCUCCGUUUCCCCAACUGUAGAGGGAGGCUACGUGCCCCCGCCCACUUUCCACAGGGAGCAGAGCCGGCGGGUGGCAGCGCGGGGCCCCUGCCCUGGGCACCGCUGACCACCCACCGCCUGUUCCACCAGCUCUCCCCUGUCCUCCUGCUCCUGCUCUGGCUGCCCACCAGCCUGGCUCACCACAGCCCCCCACUCCGGGCAGGGCCCCGCACCCACACGGCCGGGACCCCGCGCUGCUACUCGGCGGAGGAGCUGCCCCUGGGCCACGCCCCUCCCCACCUGCUGGCGCGAGCGGCCAGGUGGGAGCAGGCGUUGCCGGCGGCGCUGGUGUCCAGCCUGGAGGCGGCAGGCCGCAGGAGCCGGCACGCGGGGCCCCCGGCCGGGAACCAGUGCCCUGUGCCGCAGCCUGAGGAGGUGCUGGAAGCCGAUGUCCACCAGCGCUCCAUCUCGCCCUGGAGAUACCGCGUGGACACGGACGAGAGCCGCUACCCCCAGAAGCUGGCCUUCGCCGAGUGCCUGUGCAGGGGCUGCAUCAGCGCCAAGACAGGCCGCGAGACGGCUGCGCUCAACUCGGUGCCGCUGGCCCAGAGCCUCCUGGUGCUGCGCCGUCGGCCCUGCUCCCGGGACGCGGCGGCGGCGCCCACGCCCGGGGCCUUUGCCUUCCACACCGAGUUCAUCCGAGUGCCCGUGGGCUGCACCUGUGUCCUGCCCAGGUCGGCCCGGUGAUCACGGGCUCGGCUCCUGGACUGGCCUCAGGGACGCCCCUCCUAUUUAUGUGUAUUUAUCGGUUAUUUAUGUGCCCCCCUGCGGCCCUGGGCAGGUACCGAGGCUCCAGGCCUCUGCUUUGAGACCUGGCCUGGGAAGGGCCCAGUCCCCGGUGCCUGGGGGAUGACCCUGUGCUGGGCAGCCCCCAGCUCGAGAUGCAGUUUAUCCUUUGACAAAAACAGCUGGGCUAGAAGGAACAUUCUCACUCUUCUAGAACUUGCUAAA